CGCCCCUCCUGGGCCGGCCGCGGGCUUCACGGAGUCUGCCCAGAGUCGGCCCGGGCAGCCGAGUUCCUGCGUGGUUCGGAUCUCGGGUCAUGGCAGCUCCAGGGCCCGCGCCCCGAGCUAGUACCAGGCCCAGGUUAGAUCUGAGGUUUCUCCAGCGGUUCCUUCGAAUACAGAAGGUUUUAUUUCCUUCUUGGUCAUCGCAGAAUGCCUUGAUGUUCCUGACCCUUUUGUGUGUGGCCCUACUGGAACAACUGGUGAUCUACCAGGUUGGCUUGAUUCCCAGUCAGUACUAUGGGGUCCUGGGAGACAAAGACCUGGAUGGGUUUAAGACGCUGACAUUCCUGGCUGUCGUGCUCAUUGUUCUCAACUCCACGCUGAAGAGCUUUGACCAGUUCACCUGCAACCUGCUGUAUGUGAGCUGGAGGAAGGACCUCACCGAGCACCUCCACUGCCUCUACUUCCGGGGCCGCGUGUACUACACCCUCAACGUGUUGCGGGAUGACGUCGAUAACCCGGACCAGCGCAUCAGCCAGGACGUGGAGCGCUUCUGCCGGCAGCUCAGCAGCAUGGCCAGCCAGCUGAUCAUCUCCCCCUUCACCCUGGCCUACUACACUUACCAGUGCUUCCAGAGCACAGGCUGGCUUGGGCCCGUGAGCAUCUUCGGGUAUUUCAUCCUGGGAACCAUGGUGAACAAAACUCUGAUGGGACCUAUUGUGGCGAAGCUGGUGCAGCAGGAGAAGCUGGAGGGGGACUUUCGGUUCAAGCACAUGCAGAUUCGGGUGAAUGCUGAACCUGCUGCUUUCUACAGGGCCGGGCACGUGGAGCACGUGAGGACAGACCGCAGGCUGCAGAGACUCCUCCAGACGCAGCGGGAGCUGAUGUCCAAGGAGCUCUGGUUGUACAUCGGCAUCAACACCUUUGACUACCUGGGCAGCAUCCUGAGCUACGUGGUCAUUGCAAUCCCCAUUUUUAGUGGGGUCUAUGGAGACCUGAGCCCCACAGAGCUUAGCACCUUGGUCAGCAAGAACGCCUUCGUGUGCAUCUACCUCAUCAGCUGCUUUACCCGCCUCAUCGACCUCUCCACGACACUCUCGGAUGUAGCUGGUUACACGCACAGGAUCGGGGAGCUGCAGGAGACCCUCCUGGACAUGUCCCUGAAGUCACAGGACUGUGAGCUUCUGGGCGAGAGCGAGUGGGACUUGGACAGGGCCCCAGGGUGGCCAGCUGCAGAGCCAGCAGACACGGCGUUCCUCCUUGAGCGCGUCUCCAUCUCGUCCCCCUCCUCUGACAAGCCCCUGAUUAAGGAGCUGAGCCUGAAGAUCUCCGAGGGCCAGAGCCUGCUCAUCACGGGCAACACGGGCACUGGCAAGACUUCCUUGCUGCGGGUUCUGGGCGGCCUCUGGGCCAGCAUGCAGGGCUCGGUGCAGAUGCUGACAGACUUUGGGCCCCACGGGGUGCUGUUCCUGCCACAAAAACCAUUCUUCACUGACGGGACCCUUCGGGAGCAGGUGAUCUACCCCCUGAAGGAGAUCUACCCGGAUUCAGGCUCUACUGAUGAUGAGAGGAUCAUGAGGUUCUUAGAGCUGACUGGCCUGUCCAGCUUGGUGGCAAGGACAGAGGGUCUGGACCAGCAGGUUGAUUGGAACUGGUAUGAUGUCCUGUCCCCAGGAGAGAUGCAGAGGCUCUCCUUUGCCCGGCUCUUCUACCUGCAGCCGAAAUAUGCAGUGCUCGAUGAGGCCACCAGCGCCCUGACUGAGGAGGUGGAGAGCGAGCUCUACCGCAUCGGCCAGCAGCUGGGGAUGACGUUCAUCAGUGUGGGGCACCGGCGCAGCCUCGAGAAGAAAAUGGCACAGAAAUCACAGAAUUAGAAUACCUAGAAGUUAUUACAGCGCCAUAUUUCAAACACCGCGAUAUCAAGUUUCUUUCUUCUCACUCUAUGUACAUUAUUUACACACCAGGGGCUAUAGUCUAACACUUCAGACCAACUGGGGACAAAGACAAGAAGACCUGGGCAGGAGGAGUUCCAUAAAUGGAGUAAAGGAGAAAACUCGUGGUACAGAAUUAAAAUCGCAGCUCGGCUGUCUCAGGCCUUCCUCUCGCGAGGUAUUCUCUGCAGAGAUGGGUGGGAUGGAAGAAGGACAUGUCAUGGGCCGGGGGGAUUUGUGUCUGGCCUGGGAAUGUGGGUCCAGUAGGCAAGGCUGUUUCCAAUCCUAAUGUAAAUGGUAAAGGCCAGGGUGGAUGGAACAGCUGCAGAGAGGCUGUGGGUGCCCCCAGAUCCUCCCGUCAGCAGGCGGGAAGGAGCCCCCAGCCCCUGCUCCAUUGUGGUAACUGAGUAGUGGUCACACUCGCUGGCACACACGAGGUAUGCACGGGCCUCCUGCCUUGUUCAAGCUUUCCCCCAUACCUUUCUUGUGACCAACCCCUGAUGAAUUUACAUAACCCCAGGGCUACUUUAGGCUUGGCUUCUCAGGGAAGGGUCCAGGCCAUGUUGCAGCUUCCCAGGUGUCAUUUAACCGCUGGACGAGGUCACUCCACAACAGGGCACAUGCAAAUGGUAAUUUUCAAGAAGCUCUGGAGGGAAGGUUCCUUGCAUAGCAAGUCAAGAUCCAGGCAGUAGAUCAGGAGAGAGGAUGCUCAGAACACAGGCUCGGGGCCUUGGUUAGAGGGUCUGGACUCCCAACAGGACAUGAGUCACAGCAUCUGUGGGAGGUGCCCCCUCCCUGCAGGUACUCUGCAUCAUCACAUGUGCUGUUAGGACCUGCCCUGGAGGACCGAGUGGGGCAGGCCAGGCAUGGGGAGGAUGGGCUCCUGAGGGUGACCCCAGCAGGAUGAGAGAUGGGGGGUGGCCAAGGGGCCCUGGCUGAGACUCCCCAAAUUUAGUCUGGAAUCUGGACUCCAUUGAUAAGAGUUGGGUGGAGGUCGCAGAGGCCUUACUGGGGUCUGCAGGGCAGUAGAGUCACGUGGCAGAAGCCCAUGCCCAGGUCUCCGGGAAGGAGCAGGCUGAGGGGGAAGAAGACUGCCACCAAGGACGAGGAUGGGGGCUGGGGACGUUGCAGCUGGAGUGCAGGCGGGUCCUCAGUCCUGCUGGGCAGGGGCAGAGCGGACUCCAUGGGAGACAGAGCUGUGAUGGCGGGCUCUUUAGGGCAGGCGAACAGACCACAGGGGGAUGGGACAGAAAGCUGCCUGGGGUCUGAUGAAAGGGGCGCGAGGGGAUGUUUCGGGCAGCAGAAGGCUUCUGAGGCGGGGAUGAUGGGAUGAGGAGGACGCUUCGGAGGUCAGACGGCCGGGACCAUCAGCACAGUCCGCAGCCGGGGCCGGAGCGCAGCUGUGCCUGGAGUCGUGGGGAAUGGGGGGCCGUGGGGCCAGGGGGAG